UUUACUCGCAGGCAAACUGGGGGAGGAGGCGGCCGGGUGCGCUCACUGGCGUCAUCAUACGCACGUAUUUUGACGCUGGUGGGCGAGGACUCGGCCCUGGGCGCUCCUGGGUUUUCCGUCCCCGCUUUUGAGGACGAGGCCGAGGGGAGACCCACAGGCGCCCAGGCAGGUCACGGGCAGCAGGCAGCCGAGCCGGUGCCCUCCACCUCGCGGGAUGUCAGGCCACCUGCAAGGCCCCGGGUGCGGCCCACGGCGCCUCGUGCCACCCCCCGAAUGUCGAGGCAGGAGCGGCACGACGAGGCUGCCAUGCAGGCAGUCGCCAACCAGACUCGGCAGGUGCAGCAGAACGAGACGAGGGACGCGCGGGACGUGGAGUUCCAAGGCCAGCUCCUGCGUUCAAUCGAUACCCUCAGCCACCGCAUGGAGGCUGUUGCGGAGUCGAACCAGGAGCAAGCUCGCGCCACACAAGCGGUGGCCCUGGAACUCCAAAACACGACCCGCGUGCUCGUCGAGGUCGUUCUGCUGCUGACUGCCGAGAGAAGUCGAGCCCUGCGAAGCCAAGACCUGCCGAGCCCUGCCCAGCCACCCCUCCAGCCCAGCCAAGUCCAGCCCCGCCCCGCCGAGCCCAGCCCCGCCGAGCCCAGCCCCGCCGAGCCCAGCCCCACCGAGCCCAGCCCCACCGAGCCCAGCCGAGCCCAGGACCGCUGAGUCCAGCCAGAUAUAAUUUAGUUUUAUGGAUGAUUAUUUUAUGUUCCAAGUUGGUAUUCAUUUUUUCUUUUUUUGUUUUGUUCUCCAGGCGGAGACAAGA